UGCAGCUCGCGGCUGAGGUGCCGAGCGCUGAGGGACCCACGGGUCUGGUCGCCUUCUCCAGCGGAGAAGUCCAGGCGUGGUUCCUGAGGUUCCCGCCUCAGCCCCGAGGAGAAAAGGACCGCGCCUCGCCUGUUUCUUUCCCAGGACGUAGCUGCUUCUCUCCCGAGUAUGGCCCGAAACUGCCGGAGGACAGCCCCUCCUGGCCCGGCCCCCCUGGCCCCGGGCUGGACUGACUCGGCCUGAAGGAGGAUUCGCGCGUCCCCCCGGGCCCCCGCUGGCCCAGGCGUUUAGGGCCAGGCCGCCGCUCCUCCCAGGGCGGGCUUGGAGCACCCUCGAAACCCAAAUAAAGGAAGAUGAGGAAAUGUUGUAUCAAGAAGGCUUGUCCAGAACACCUCUGAGUAGACCCAGUGAAUAUAGUGCAUGCUUAUUGGUGGAGAGACAUAUACUCUUGGGGAAAUUAGAACUUGUAGACCCCAAGCCAGAGUCUCAAAGAUGUAAGAGCAGUAACCUACAGAAAACAUUUCUACAGUCACAUGAUGAAGACCUGGAAAAAAAUAAAACAUCACAAAACUGCAUAGAGAGAGGUGUGGAACACGUAGCGAAGAGGUUAGUGAUGGCUCAUGCAGAGAUCCAAAGGCUCACUGAUGAACUACAAGAGAAGGAGAAAGAACAGAGUAAAUCAGAUUCUGCACUUGAGAAGGCUCAUCUAGAAAUUGAGAAACUGAAAGAAAAUUUGAUAAAACUGAAAGAAAAUGCUCUCUUCUAUGGUCUGGGAAAGAAGUGGAAAAUGGCCCAAGUCCUUGGACCCCUGCACCUAUAUGCAUAUAAAAUAUUUUGA